CAGGUAAGUGUGAUCGAAACUUUAAAAAGCCUAACUCGAAGUCAGUGUAUUUCUAAAAGAAUUCGUACUUGAGUAAAGCAGUCGCAUCUGAUCGUGAAAUCACACUUCAAACGAAUACACUCGUCUCUACUAUGCUGUGCGGUGCAACAUAUUUGGUUUUGUUUAGCACAAUGUGCGUAAUAUCUUUAGCACGGCCAUCACAAUUAGAUGAUAUUUUUGUUGGAUAUUUAAAAAACGUAAAUCUGUAUAGUCCAGAAAAGCAAUCGCAAAUAGUAAAGCGACGAGUCUACGAAGAUAAUCAGGAUGGAAGUUUGAAGAAGAUUUCCUUACAAUCGCUAAUUGGGGAUUUGGAGCAGAAUUUCUUGCAAUCAGCUUCAAACGCAGGCAGCCUUGCACAUCAAACAACGGAAUCAACGGAAAGCCAUUUAAACGCUAGUGAAAAUCAUUCUGUAAUCAAACGAAAAGCGGAAAGUGAAAAACCUGCAAGUGUUGAAUUAAUAAAUGCAUCGGAUGAGAACACUUCUAAUAAAGCACCAGGAUCCACUCGAAUACAGGUUGAGCAUAUUUCUGUGCAACCACAUUUUGGCAAUUUCCCCAUUGUGCCAGCAUUCCAAUUGCAGCACACAAAACUUAUAUCCGCUACUUUUAAGGACACUGAUUCUAAACCAACCCAAAUCACAAUUACAAAGACAAACAUCCAGGCUACACCGGCGCAGGAAAAACUCGAAGCUAUUAAUGAUCACGCUGAGGUCAACAAACGAACAGAGGCAAACGGUGAAAUUAAGGAUGAAAUAGAGAAAAACAACAACUCCAAACAACCGGCCAAUGAGAAACCCGAAAAUCUCUCACCAUCGUCAACAAAAAGCCCUGCUUCAGAUUUAAAACAAACUGAGGCGGAGCUUAAGGCAAAUGUAGCUGAAAUCGAAGCAGAACCAGUAAUAUUAUCAGCGCGAGUUUAAUUGUACACAAGUUACUGUUAUAUUAUUUUUAUUUUUUUAAUAUACUAUCUACCGAUCAA